UGGCUCAAGACCAGCCUUGGUGGAACAAACUUGCACCUCGAGAAGAGCGAUGCGAGACAUUCAAGAGCUUGUUGCCCAAGAACUUGAAGAUGAGGAGGACGUUCUCGAUUGCGUCUCUGAUGGUGAUGGUGAGCCACUGGAUUCUUUGGAGGAGCCAUUGAGACUGGACGAAAGCUUUCCUUGCACAAUUUUCAUCGCAGGAGUUCCCAAGGUUUCCAAGGAGAAGUACGACAAGCUUUUUGGUGUCCUUUCCAAGCUCAUCAACAAGUACGGUGAGAAUGAAAGGGACAUGCCUUGGAACUCUGAAGGCACAGAAACAGAGGGCUGCGUCAUAGCGACAUUCACCAAGCCUGAGGAUGCGGCACAGGCCCAGCAGGCUCUGGAUGGCAUGAGCCUUGACAAGAAGCACACGUUCAAAGUUGUGAAGUUCGACAAGUUCAAUGAUAUUACCAACAGAGCAAGCGAAUUCCGACCUCAGCGGAAUUUGGCUUCGUACAGUCGAGCGGACUUCCGGUCUUGGCUCAUGGACAAGAAAUGCCGAGAACAGUUUCUCCUCCGGUACCAGACUGAAACAGAAAUAUACUGGCAUGAUACCACUAUUGGAGAACCUGCUUUGGCCUACGGCGGUGAACGAGAAAAGCGUUUGGGAAAGAUUUGGUGUGACUGGCAGGUGGAGUGGUCACCGCUUGGUCACUUUUUGGCAACAUUUCACAAGCAAGGAGUGGCUCUCUGGGCAGGCCCAGAGUUUACGAAGAAGAUCCGGUUUGCCCAUGAUGGAGUGAAGCACUUGGAGUUCUCACCAACGGAGGAGUAUGCUUUGACUUGGAACGGUACAGAUGCUUUGGAGAACGACUCUCAAGCUGUGAGAAUCCAUCGAGUGCUCACUGGCGAAUGUGUGCACAAGUGUCGCACGCCCACGGUCCUUGGCAGCACCUGCACGACACUGCAUGGUCCGACUCCUUUAGCACGUCAUUUCAGGUUGCUCCGCUUGGCGGCGACUUUCCUCAUUUCUUGUGGAGCCAUGACGGCAAGUAUUUCGCCGAGUGCAGCGAGUCUGCGAUUUCGGUGCGUGAGACAGCAUCAUUUGAGCUCAUCAGAGAUGAGGAUGGCAAAAAGAAGACGUUGAAGUUUCCCGAUUUGAGCACCUUUCAGUGGUCGCCAAAGGACAACUUGCUGAGUGUUUGGUGCCUGGAGAGGGAGAACAAUCCAGCUAGGCUAGUUUUGGUGGAGAUCCCAUCCCGCCGUGAACUUGCAUCCAGAUCGCGAACUCAGGUUGAGGCUUCAAUGCAUUGGCAGUCCGAAGGGGACUACUUGUGCCUGAUUAACACGAAGCUCAGCAAGACGAAGAAGAAAGGUGCCACCAACCUUGAAAUCUUCAGGAUCCGGGAGAAAAACAUCCCUGUCGACAUUGUGGAGGUCAAGGAUUCGGUGCGUGGUUUCCACUGGGAGACCAAGGGGCAUAGAUUUGCUCUACUGACCAGCGAUGAAUCGGGGCAUCAUCCGAAGAUGUUCAUCUAUGGUCUGAGCAAGGAGAAGUGCGAAGCAUUGAGCUUCUUCGAUUUGCCGUCCAAUAGUUACAACAAGUUCUUCUGGGCACCAGAGGGCCAAUACUUCGUGUGUGCAGCAGUAGGCCAUGGAGACCUCUUGUUCGGAGGCAUGACGAGCGAUAACAAGCUCGAAAUUUUGCACAAGGAUGAGCACUUCAUGCUCACAGAUGUGCAAUGGGAUCCUUCUUCUAGGUAUGUCAUCACUGCAGUGACGCAGCCGAUGCAAAAUGAGAUUGGUGGCUUCAAGUACAGCAUGGAGGCUGGAUUCGCGAUUUGGACCUUCCAGGGCCGGGUUUUGCACCGGCAGCAGAAAGAGAAGCUUUGGCAAAUUGCUUGGAGGCCACACCCACCAUGCCUCCUGUCACAGGCCAAGCAGUCGUCCAUCAGGAAAAAUGUGAAGCAGUACUCCAAGAAGUACGAUCACCUUGACGACCAGGCCAAAGAAGCUGCAAGGAACGCCUUCAAAAACGAACGCGAGACAAAGAUGUCUCACUUCAGGAAGGUGCUGGAGAGACUGGACGACGCCAAACAUCAGCGAUCAGAGGAGAAUGGCUGGGCCGACGCGGUGGAGAGGCAUUUAGCAGGGCAGGGCUGGGAGCCGGUGAACGUUACCACCCAAGAGGUCAUCGAAGCGGUGGAGGAGAAGAUCUGAUGCAAGUUCUCAAAGCCCGAGGCAGGCACACUGUACAGUACUUGGUCCAUUGGUCGCGGUUUUGGGAUCGCAGAGCAGAUUAAGCCUCUGGGUUCAAAAGUGCGUGGGCAGCUUUUGAAUGGAAAUCCCUCAAGUGUGUAUGAUUCAUUGAGAGGUGGAUGAAACACGCAUCGAACCGAACCAAUGAUAAAGUGUCACCUUGAAGUUUUUCUUUUGGGACACUGUGGCAACAAGUUCUGGUGUGAG